AUACCAUCUUUUAACAAAAUAUUUCUUUUAUAAAAUAUCUUUUAUAAAAAUUGACGACAGUGAGUAAAUUUUAUAAAAUAUUUAGCAAAGAUGGCGGAAGGCAAGUUUGUCUGGUCAAUUACUGCUACAAAAUUAUUAAUUUCUGAAUAUGAGGCAUUUGAAUUGUUAUACGACAGUAAAAAUAUUAAUUAUAAAAACAGAAAUAAAAGAUUGGAUGCCUAUAGAUCAAUAGCUGAAACUGUAAACACUGUCAGUGAGGGUUGCACUGUAGAAGAUGUUAAAAAGAAAUUAAAUGGUUUAAGAAGUCAAUAUUUGGCCGAAAAAAUGAAGGUCCUGCGUAGCAAAAAAAGCGGAGCGAGAAGUGACGACCUGUACAAACCAACAGUAUACUGGUUUCCUCUGCUAACAUUUUUAGAUAAAUCUACAGAUCCAGACCAAUCCCAGUCUAAUUUAGAUGAAUCGCUACUAUCGCCUAAUGAGUCUCAAUCCACUAGUUCCACUACGAAUAUUAUUGCACCUCCAGAUGAUGAUCAAGAUACGAACAGUAACCUAAGUAUAAGGUUAAAUGAAGAAAGCUCAGUAUUACCUCCAAAAAUCAGAAAAAUACAAAAAUUUUCGCACAAUUCUGUAUUAACUAAGGCAGCAAAUACAAUGGAGGAAAUGUCAAAAAUAGCUAGAGAGAGAUCAGUUUCUAAAGCAACACAAGAUUCUUUAGAGACAUUUGGUCAGUUUGUAGUGGCUGAGCUACGUGGUAUUCAAGGUGCAAGCAACGAGUAUACAGUACGGAAAACUAAAAGAAAAAUUCAGAUGGUUUUAAUGGAGGCCUGGGAUAUGAUUGAUCAACCAACUCUGCUACCUAGCCCUGUUUCAUCCCAAUCAUCUUCAAAUCAAUGGAUAUUAACAACCCAGACACCAGGUGCUUGUAAUAUUCUGCAAAUUAAUACAGAUAAUCAAAUGCAAGCAGAUGGUAAUACUUCAGAGGAUGUAGUUGAAAAUGCAAUACAUAUGGCUAAUAUAACAAGAUCUGAUUAUGAUCCUGCAUGUUUUUCUCAAUUAAACUAA